UUCUGUUUCAGCUCAUGCUCAUGCAGGCUUCAUACAUUUCUGCCUCUCAUUUUUCUUAUCUACUUAUUUUGAUAUAGAAGCUGUCAUAUCAGCUCUUUAACACACACACACUAUCUAUUUUCUCCUUCAGGUUUCACAAUCCUUUUGUACGUAACUCUACUUGACUAGGCUUAGGUUGAAUGAUAAAUGGACAAACACCAGCAAUAUGAAACUGUGUUUAAUCACUUUGAUGACAACGGAGAUGGGAAGAUAUCACCUUCAGAGUUGCAACAGUGUGUCGGGUCGAUAGGCAGAGAGCUUUCGAUAGAGGAUGCAAAGGCAGCAGUGCUGUUAAUGGACUCGGAUGGAGAUGGGUACUUGUGUUUGGAUGAUUUUGUGAGAUUUUUGGAAGGAGCAGGAGAGGAAGAGAAGGCGAAAGAUAUGAGAGAGGCUUUUAAGAUGUAUGAGAUGGAGGAUUGUGGUUUUAUCACACCAAAAAGCCUGAGGAGGACUCUUAGUAGGUUAGGGGAGUCCAAAACCAUUGAUGAAUGCAAAGUGAUGAUAGCUUAUUUUGAUCUCAAUGGUGAUGGAGUCCUCAAUUUUGACGAGUUCAACGUGAUGAUGGCAUGUUGAGUUUUUUUUUUUUGGUGCCUUUUUU